UUACUUCGGACAGACGCGCGACACAGCGAGCACCGGUGGUAGGCAAUCUACUCUCAACGGUAGGCACGUGCGCGAAAGGAGGCGUGGCACUUAUCAGCUGACGUUCCUAUGAGGCUGCUAUCGAGUAAUGGCAGACGAAAUCAUGGGUGAAGACGCAGUACAGCCUAGGGAAAAUAGCGAAAAUGAACCUGACGCGGAAAUCGAAGAGGAGACUAUCAAUGAACAGGAAUUUGACGCUAUUAAUGCUCAGUUAGAUCAAUUAAACUCGGCGUUGGAUUCUCUAGAAAAAAAGAAUGAUGAUAUCCAUGCCGAACUUGUAGAGCUUUUGAAGUCAAAUCGGGAAGCUCGAGAACAAUUCCAGGAGUCGCAGAAAGAAAAGUCUCAGGAGUCUGAGAAGCCUAAUCCUUAGCUCGUUCAUCCAGAGUUGCUUUUUCCCCAUGGUUGUAUCCAUACUGAUCAAGUAUUACUAUUGUUUAGCAUGAAUAAUAUUAAAAACCAUACGAUCUGUCCCUAUGUGUAGAUUCAACAAGGGGAUACUAGAUUUAAAGUGAACAAUGAGUGCAUUCAGAAUUUGCAACUAAUUAAAUUGUUAUCAAAUGAAUAUACAGUUUAGUUGCUUUGGGAUUAGUCAAACAUUUCAAAUAUCUUGUAAUGAAAUUAGUUGAAUGUUGGUUUAGUACUACUAAAUGUUGGCAGAUGUUGUAAAGACUUAUUGUGCAUAGCUGCCAUUAGUCAAAAUGAGGGAUACCCUUCCCUUUAUAUUUUCACUUGAUUCUUAAAAGUGAUGAAAAGUUUGGGCUUGACAAUAAUUAGAGAAAUCUAGAUGCGAAGAAAAAGUAAAAAUGAUUUGUACUAUAUGUACGGAAGGAGUCAAAAUAAAUGAUGAAGAAUUUUGCAGGAAAUUUUACGUCUGGCGAGGUUUUGUGGCAAGAAUUAUACUUAAGUAGAAUCAUAUUGUUGUACGCGUCAAGAAUGAUUGAAUAAAUGUUGUUGUACAUA